AUGUCGGAACUUGAUGAUCGCUUCGUCCACAAGGGAUUCUGGAUCAAUUGGAGCCAGGGACCGGUAAUGGGACGAACCAUUACUACUGAUGCGCAGACAGGAAACACCGUCGUUGCCAUUCUCACGGUGCUCGUUACUGUUGCUUCUGGACAACUAUGGAACCUUAUCACAUUUCUCUACCACCAAAGCCGUGCGACUAGCAAAAGUGCCGAUGGUCUUUUCUGGCAGCAACAAGCUUUGAUGCGGACGAUGCCAGCUCCUGCAGCGAUGUUGACUGACACUAUUAAACUUUAUUGGACAUGGAAACAAACUUCUGACCGGGCCUUCCUUCGCUGCCUCCCACAAGUAGUAUUCUCCGUAUGCUUCAUCGCCAUAGCUAUUAUCAGCGGAUUGUUCUCCUCAUAUGUGGUUGAUACUUCCAAUCUCGAGGUUUUGAUCAACAGCCCUUACUGCGGUCAACUCAACUACACAACAUUAUACAUGUACCAACAAUCGACAAACAGUCUAUUCGCGAACCUCUUUCCGGCAAUGGAGACAUACGCUCGCGAAUGCUACCAAAAUAAGACGAAGUUACCGGCACGUUGCCAAAACAUUUUCAUUCGGCCGAACGUGUCAUUCACCGCGAAUCCCGUUGCCUGUCCCUGGGAGAAAUCGAUGUGUCUAGAUUACACAAGUCUCCCCGCCAUCGAGAUGGAUUCGGGCUAUGUCGACUUCAAGAAACACCUUGGUUACAACUUGCGAGACAAGGACAAUGUCCAGCUUCGCAAGAAGACUACUUGUAACGUUCUUCCACUGGAUGGACAUAAUCAAGUGAGAAAUGCCUCGGCAUGGAAGAACAGAUUCGCGAAGAAGCAAGAACCCGACCAGAAGAUUAUCGCAUACCAGUACGGUAAUUGGACAGCAAUGACGCCGGAAGAGCUCCCGGGAGACAGUUUUCUUCUUCCUUUGCGGGUGACAGGCUAUCUGACAGAAGGACUCAUUUCAUAUGCAAUGGCAGACCCGGGCAUUCCGGGCUUUGUCCCUAUUGUUCCAUUGAGACGCAGCGAUGCUGAUGUAGCAUUGAUGGCAGUGCGUAUGAAUCAGGUGACAUACGCAACUCCAGUGGAUGAUCCACUGUUCUCGGCUCAUCGAAACCUCUCAUAUCCAAGCCUGUCACCCGACAGAGAGACUGAAGUGUGGUAUGAGGCAGAUCAGGCCAGCAGCUUUGUUGGAUGCGCGGAACAGUAUCAAUUCUGUGUCGGUUCGUCAGGUGAAAGUGGCAGGUGCACCGAACUCAGUGGUCUUCCUGGCGAUUUCUCGCCUGGCGGCAUCCUGAAUCCCAACGAUGUGCAGCUCACACUCUUGAAUCUUCUACGGUCUGUUCUGACUCUGAAUGACGUCUCACUUGGCACUGCAGUAGAGAUUCUCCAAGCGAAGAGCAUGGAGAGCAACGGUCGGUUUAUGGGGCUCCCUGAGGAUCAGUGGAUCAAGGAGAUUGUUGGCUGGAAUGCUUUUGCAUGGUCGGGUAUCCAGACACUGUUGACAGAUUAUGCUGUCGGCUUGAAGAUGCGCGAUGAAGAAAAUGCAGACAUUUACGUCGACAAACCCACCACUCCCGCCGGCAAACAGCUCUGCCAAUCCGUCAAGAUGAAGAAAUCCGGUGGCUUCGCAAACAUCAAUGUCUUUGGGUUGGCAUUCAUCGUAACAGUAACCGUCACUGUGACUGCAUUCAACAUGAUGGUCUUGCGCGUCUUCAUCUUCCUCAGUCGUUUCCGCCGAGCUCUUGCUCCACGCAUCGAUCAUUGGGUGCAAGAUGGCAUAUUCCAACUCCAGCGUCGAGCAUUUCAAUCGGAGGGUCAAGGAUCAUGGUUAGGAUCCGAAAAGGAGAUACCGCACACGACCAAGAGCGAACACCUUGCUAAGCUACCCAAUGGAUCAACCGCAACGAUAGCGAUUGAUGCAGAGUCGCCAAAACCAACACCUUCCUCGACGUUCAGCGACAUGACCAAGACUGAAACCAACGUAGCAAAGACAGAAGUGACUUCUGAAUCCAAGUCCAUUAGAGAAUAA